CUCACCCAAAUUCAAUUGACGCCAGAUAAUAUUGUAAAAAACAUAUAUUUAUUUUAUUCAUUUUUGUACAAAAAAAAUUAGUAGUAAUUAAUUCGUACACAUUUAAUUCAUGAACAAUAUUUUAAAAAAUAAGAGGAAAUCCUUGUAUUAUCAUUUUCACCCUUUUGAUACGUCAUCGUUUUGCUAAAUUCUAAGCAGCAUAGAAGUAUCAGUGGAGUAUUUAUUUGCCUUCUGAAACAACAUUUUGUGGCCUCCAAACACUUCCAGUUUUCUUUAUUCAUCUAACAACACUUGAAGUUGAAGCCAUUGUUAAUAGUUAAGGAAAUGAAGACUGAGGACAAUAAGGAUGUGAUUUUAACAACUCCACUAUCUCUGGAAGGAUUAUUAGAUAAUAAUUUCAAGCCUCCAAAUCUUCUUCAAUUGAUUUUUGGUCUCUUCAGGAAUAUUAGACCUGGAACUGAUCUUACUCGUUUCCAGUUACCGCCAUCGUUUAAUAUGGCAAAAUCACAUUUACAAUGCUACGGAGAAAUGGUGUACUGUGUGAACAAGGACAUGCUAAGCAACUGCGCCAAAGGAAAAACUAGUAUUGAUCGGAUGAUCUCUGUUGUUGCUUGGAUAAUCUCCACCGUUCGUAUGUUUCCAUUUGGAGUUGCCCCAUACAACUCUGUUCUUGGUGAGACUCAUCAUGCAUCUAGAGGCACCCUCAAUGUCUUACUUGAACAAGUUUCCCAUCACCCGCCCGUAUCAGCACUGCAUGCAAUUGAUGAGAUCAACAAUAUUGAACUCGUUUGGUGUGAGCAUAUUGUUCCGAAGUUCUUUGGAGCAUAUGUUGAAGGAGUGGUGCAUGGAAAGAGGAAGCUAAAUUUGUUAGAUAAAGGAGAGAGUUAUGUGUUCAACGCUCCAACAUUGUUGAUUAAAUUUAUUCCAAAAACAGGAACAAGAUGGGCUGGUAAUGUAAAUGUUAAGUGCAAAGAAACAGGCCUUGAAGCCCAGCUAUCCUUCAAAACUGGAUCUGUUUUGGGCUUUGGAGGAGACAAUGGAUCUCUCAAUGGGAGGAUCUUUAAUUCAUCUUCUUCCAAGAUAUUCUAUGAAAUCUAUGGUCAAUGGGACAGGAUGGUUUAUAUAAAGGAUACUAAAGAUGGUAUGAUCAAAGUUCUAUAUAAUCCCAAAGAGGUUAUAUCUAAUCUUCCAACUCCAAUUAUAAGGGAUCCUAAGGGAUUAUGGCAAAGUGAAUCAGCUAUAGUAUGGGCAGAGGUGAAUAAAAGCAUUUUAAGCCAAGAUUGGAAUAAAGCAAAAAAUGCGAAGAAAGCAGUUGAGGAGAAGGAAAGGGAGCUUUUGAGACAGAGAAAAUCUAACAAAGAAGAAUGGAUUCCAAAGUUUUUUUAUUUAUCUUAUUCUCCAGAAACUGGUUGGGAAUGCUCACCUAAACAAAAAACCAUUCCACCGGCUCCUAUUAUAUUUUCGAUCUAAAUUAUACUCCAUCUUAUUAAUAGAGAAUGAGACAUUUGGGUUUUGCACUAAAAUCAAUGAGAGGUUUGGUGGGUGAAAAACUUUCUUUUUCCAUAAAGGGCAUUAAUAUUUAUGUGUUAUUGUGUUGUUGUAGUAAGGGUAAAAUGAUAAAGAAAAUGACAAAAAUAGAAAUAGAACACUUUCAUUGAAUUGACCCAAUAAAAAAAUAUUUCAUUCUCUAUGAAUAAGAAGGAGAGUCUAAAAUUAUUUAUCACAUUAUGAUUUUGAACUCGUGCUUUUAUGAUGAGAACUAUUUUUUUAUGAUUGGGGGGUAUUGUGUUUGUUGAUUUACAUGGACUAAGAUGUAUGUAGACAUAUUGUUUAAGUAUAUGGAACAAAUGGGUAUUACAUUACUACUUU